AUGGGCGCUGAGCGUGGCCGCGGCGUGAUGGAGAAGGGAACCCAGACCCAACUAAGACCCAAUAAAACUUCCAGAACUGCCGACUGCGUCUGCUUUGCGUCCGCCCUCUCACCAACCAGCCUCAGGGAGGGGACCGCGGCGUGGGCGGGACUGGAGCGGCCACCUGCGCGUGCUCGGGCAGCGAUUGGCCCUGCCUGGCGUGGGCUCCGCCCUUGCAGCGGACUGCGGCGCUCCCCAGACUUAAGCAAUUGCUGGGGCGCUGCUCCGGGAGGGAGCCUGGUGAGCCCUUCGCUCCGAAGCCAGGGAUGCUCCGGCGACCCCCGGCUCGGAGAUGCUCUCGGCCCAAGUCCACCUGAUCGCCGAGAUUGGGAAAGGGGUGCAUGGCGAAAUAUGGGAGGGAGAGCCAGUCCUGAAGGGGACCGGCCUGGAGGCCUAUCCCUGACCGCCAUGGAGUUGCCUCUGAGCCAAGCUACCCUUCGGCACACACUACUGCUCCUGCCAGCCCUCUUAAGUUCAGGACAGGGGGAGCUAGCACCACAAAUUGACGGUCAGACCUGGGCUGAGAGAGCACUUCGGGAGAAUGAGCGCCAUGCCUUCACCUGUCGGGUGGCAGGGGGACCUGCCACUCCCAAAUUAGCCUGGUACUUGGAUGGUCAGCUACAGGAGGCCACCACUUCAAGACUACUGAGCGUGGGCGGGGAGGCCUUCUCUGGAGGCACCAGCACGUUCACUGUCACUGCCCAGCGUGCCCAGCAUGAGCUUAACUGCUCCCUGCAGGACCCAGGGAGUGGCCGGCCAGCCAACGCCUCUGUCAUUCUCAAUGUGCAAUUUAAACCAGAGAUUGCCCAGGUUGGGGCCAAGUAUCAGGAAGCUCAGGGUCCAGGCCUUCUGGUAGUCCUGUUUGCCCUGGUGCGGGCCAACCCACCUGCCAAUGUCACCUGGAUUGACCAGGAUGGACCGGUGACUGUCAAUGCCUCUGACUUCCUGGUGCUGGAUGCUCAGAACUAUCCCUGGCUCACGAACCACACUGUGCAGCUGCAACUCCGCAGCCUGGCGCACAACCUCUCAGUAGUGGCCACCAAUGAUGUGGGUGUCACCAGUGCCUCGCUUCCAGAACCAGGGCUCCUGGCCACCCGAGUGGAAGUGCCACUGCUGGGCAUCGUUGUGGCUGGAGGGCUUGCCUUGGGCACUCUAGUGGGGUUCAGUACCUUGGUGGCCUGUCUGGUCUGCAGGAAAGAGAAGAAAACUAAAGGCCCCUCCCGGCGCCCAUCUCUGAUAUCUAGUGACUCCAACAACCUGAAAGUGAAUAACGUACGCCUGCCACGGGAGAACAUGUCCCUCCCAUCCAACCUUCAGCUCAACGACCUAACUCCGGAUCUCAGAGGGAAAGCAACAGAGCGGCCGAUGGCUCAGCACAGCAGCCGUCCAGACCUUCUGGAAGCCGAGCCUGGUGGCCUCCUCACCAGCCGAGGCUUCAUCCGGCUCCCAAUGCUGGGCUACAUCUACCGAGUGUCCAGUGUAAGCAGUGAUGAGAUCUGGCUCUGAGCUUGAGGGUGAGGCAUGAGGCCCAGGUGGCCCCCAGAGCACCCCACCCCAAUGUCUCCUUCAAGCCUUCCUCCGCUGGGCCACGUUGUGACCGUGAAGAAGCCAUGUCACUGCCACCUGGCCCUCCUGGCAGGGGUACCCUGUGGGUCAUGCAUGAUGUACUUCACCACACUCUAACCUGCAAGGUGUAGUCUAGCCUUGGCAGGACCAUUGGUCAGAAAUAGGCUUCUUGUACUCACUCAGUUUGGGGCCUUGCAUGUGGUAACUGGGCCCAGGCAGAUGAAACUCUGGCUUAGUGUGUUCAGGUGUCACCCACAUGUAAGAGAUGGGCCUACUACAUGUUCAAUACUAGUAUCCUCUGCAUCUCAUAUAGUAGGCAGAGGGAUGCCCAUGUGGGGGACAGGAGGGUCCCUGCACAACUCAGACGUCCUUCCUAUGCUAUGCAGCUUUCUCCCCUCAGGGAAAACAGGACCCUGCUAGCUGAACAGAACCAAAUUGCCCUUUGCUCAGGAACCAGCCCCUUGCCCGGGGACCUGGCCAAGCACAAAUUAGUCCCUUUUGCUGCAGAUCUCUGCCUUUUUGUCCCCACCUCCUCUUGGGCAUACACUAGACCUUCUCCACUGGGCAUUAGACCUCACUGGCUGGGGCCCCCAGGUGUCAGCCUCUGGUAUUAGCACAAGAUGAGCGGGAAGAAGUCUGCUGAUCCCCAGGAUGGCAUGUAGCUAUGCAUCGUUUUGUACAAGUGUUCCCCCUUUAAGCACAUUCCCUAGGGAAAGGAGGAACCAGGGCCUUCUUAGGUCCCCCAUUUUUGGCCUUCAGCGAUUCACUGUGAGUGUUCUGAGCACGCAGGAUUGACGGUUUCCCUCUCUGCAUGUCUCUCCCCACUGUAGCAAUAUCCCUGACCAGUCCCUGGCUGCCCCGUCCUGUUUAGGGCAUGUAAGCCAACAGUGCCACAAGAUUUAGGGGGACACAGAGAAAGCGGGAACCACGUAACCCCAAAGAGCUAAGAAUCUUUUAAACAGCAGCAUGGAAAUGACUGGAGAGCAGUAGAGCACAGAGUCCAUUUUCCCUCCUUGUUAUCUCGUUUUGUAAUUUCUCUCAUGUUACUGGCUCGUGCUGCACACACAGUAAACUACCGUGAUUGAGUAAGUAUGUCUUUGUUCGUUUCCUCAACAACUUGUUUGUUUUUUGAGACAGGGACUCAUGUAGUCUAGGCUAGCCUUGAAUUCACUAUUGGGCAGAGAAAGAUGGAUGACCUUGAACAUCAGAUCUGCCUUCCUCCACCUCUCUAGGGCUGAGAUUAGACAUGGACCACCACCCUGGUUUUCCAAGUAUGUUUUAGAACGAGUCCCACCCUCUUUUUCUUUUUGUUGUGCUGGUGAUGGAACCCGGGGCUUGGCGCAUGCCACGAAAGUGCUUGACUACUAAGUCUACACUGCUAACACAUAAACAGCCUUCUCUCUCUCAUUCCAACAGUUUUAUAUCCACAAAAGAGCACAGAGGAUAAUGUCUUAAACAAAACACAAUAGAUCCAGAGGAAAAAUAUGGAGCACUUUACAAAUUCCCGUGUCAGGAAUGUGCUCCGUAUUAAAUGAGUUUUCAAUCACACAGCAGGCAGCUGUGUACCUACCAGGAGCAGCAGGUCAGUACCUGGAACAUGACCUGCCAUUGAGUAGGAGCUGCAGCCAAGGCGAUCUGGUCCCUGAAAACCUCAUGGAGGGUCUGGGAUCCAACCACAGCAUGCCUCCUCUCCUUGUGAGUCAAAUUCUAAUGCUGACUACAGAGCAGAGCACCUGGCCUAGUAGUGUCCAAGGGGAGCAGCAACAAAGCCUCUAGCCUGCCAUGGUCACAGCUGCUGUGAGUCUGUGGAAACGUGAACUGUCCGUGUGUUGGUCUGUCAGGCUGACAGAGGGCCUUCCCUCCAGUCCUGUGGUCCUGCUGUCUUCCCAUCGGUAUUUGGCUUCAUUACCCAUUGAGUUGCUUAAGCCCAAGCUGCCUUUCUCUCCAGCCCCACGGCCAGUCUAUCACCAGGCUCUGUUGGCUCUGCCUCUACUGGUGUGUCUCUCGAGAGAAGGAGUAUUGAAGGAGCAGAGGGGCCUUGCUAGGGUUCCCUCUCCAGGAUCUUAGCAAUAGAUCACACUCUUUGGGGCUAGUCUUAUUUCCACAUAUUUGUCCUGGAGUCAUGCAAGCCUGUGCAAUGAGGUCCCUAUAAAAUUUUCAAAAGACAGGGCUCAGAGCUUCCGAAUAGACAAAGAAUAAUUCCUCAUGCUCAUGCUGCUGAAUUCUGAUUUCUGACCUGCAUUCAUGUCUGUCCUGGAAGACAGGGAGGUGGGAGAGGAAGCAGCAGCUUUGCUCCAAGUCCCUACAGUGGUGGGUGAGGCUCUGCAGGCUUCCUUGCUGCUAGCACAGAGCCACAGCCAGCUCCUGUCCAGGCAGCAAUAGUUUCAUGUACUUUCGUCAGUCUCCAUUCUCCCUUCUGUUUUACUGGUUUCCCACACUAAACUUUAAAAAAAUCAGGUGUGUAGCCAAGCGCUGGUGGCACACGCCUUUAAUCCCAGCACUCAGGAGGCAGAGGCAGGCGGAUCUCUGUGAGUUUGAGGUCAGCCUGGUCUACAAGAGCUAGUUCCAGGACAGGCUCCAAACCUACAGAGAAACCCUGUCUUGGAAAACAAAAAACAAAAAUUAGGUAUGUGUGUGCGUGUUGCACAUGUAUUCAUGGACGUGCGUGUGGCUGCCAGAAGACAAGUUCUGGUAGUUCUCCCUUGCCAUGUGAGUUGCAAGGCCUGAACUAGGCUGUCAGGCUUUGCGGCAAGCACCGUCACCUGCUGUGCUUGCACAUACUUUUGUAACCAAUGUGUUGUGCUAAAUGUCCUUU